AUGCAGAACAAGUACGCCGCUGGUAAAUUAUUGUUUCAUCUCGAUCUAUGCGAACAAGCUCUGUGCCAAAUAGAAUUUCUGAGAACGAUUGACACUAUUCAGGAUUUAAAGGAACCGUCUGUACUGAGACGCGCAGUCUACCGAUAUGAAAAAUACUGGCUUCCACUAGCCAUAAAAUAUCCCAAUAGGUGCUUAGCUGCACCUCUGGAUAUCGAAUGGGCAUGGCAUUGUCAUAUGUUAUGCCCAAAAUCCUAUGAAACAGAUUGUCAAACUCUUGUUGGAGGGACUGUUGACCAUAUGCUGCGACCGUUGAACAAGUUUAAAGAAGAGCAGAAAGAGUCGCAAAAACUGUGGUUUGAAAUGUAUUCAGAGGACUAUGAACCUUUUACAGUUGAUUACAGUGCACCAUACAAUGCUGAUGCUAUUGAUAGAUUCAAGUCAAAGAUAACAUACGACAUUGUAGCCGCUGCCCAACGACAGACUGUGUUUUACUAUCAAGUUUCGUUACCACAUUACAGAGAUAAAAAGUUUUUGCAGAACAGCCUGCAGAGGUAUGAACGAUUCUUGUAUUUAAAAACACAACUGCCGAAAGCUUUCAUGGUACCAUGUUAUGACAUAGAUUUGAUGUGGCACACACACCAACUAAAUCCAUUAAGCUACAAAAAAGACAUGGUUAAGAUCAUAGGCCACUUGUUCAAUCAUGACGAUUCGGUAAACGAUCGUAGUAAGGGAUCAAAACUAAGUGAAGCAGACAAAAAGACACGUGAAAGUUGGAAUUCUUUUUACAAUGAAAAUUAUUCUUUGUUUGGAGCAAUGUAUCGUGGGACGCCGCCGGUAGGGUUUCUUCAUAAGAUUAGCCCGAACGAGUCGUACACUUUUUGUACAAAACGCACUAUUAUCACAUUUGAAAAUUUAACUUUGAACCUUCCAUUAACGGAUCCAGAUAAAUACAAGAAACUUAAACUUACCGUAUCGAGUGCCGCUGGUCCGAAGGUGGUGAAAAAUUGGUUUUCCUUGAAACGGCCGGGUGAUGUACCAAGUUGCGCCAGAACGAUUACCUGGAAAAUUAAUAGUCGAAAUGAAAUUGACACAAAGGAAUCCAACAGUAUAAAGUUCUUUGUGCAAGAACGAACAGGCUGGGCGUUUUGCGGGUCAAAGACAGAUGUUGGAUCUAACACGUUAAAUAUGCUGCCACAGAUUGAGUCGAUAGCGAAUGCGGUCAACGGUGGAAGAAUUAAUGCUCAGAUACCUCUAGGUAGCUCAAACAUAACUCUAGAUGUUCAGGGACAAUUUUCGGCACCGAAAAAGGGGAAGGCAUUGUUGUUCUUAGAUAGUGGAAGAUAUGAAACUGCUGUAAUACCGGAGAAUGUGAAACAACUUUGGGGUCCUGUGUCUCUUGAAAGACUUCCGGCAGGGACAGAUAACCACUGUCAGGUGGCAUCUCACAGAUUGAAGAACCAUCUAGGGAAUGUAGAGCUCACAGUAAGGACCAUACACAGUGAGCCUUUGAUGAUGUCGGUGAUACAGGUGUACUUUCAUGAUAAAAUGGCGGUUAUUGGGCAUUUAAUAGCUUCAGACCAACUUCCUCUUCCAACACAAGUAAGUGAUUUAAAACAUCAUUCUUACGUGCUUCACACUAUUCCCCCCAUCAAGCAGAUAUAUUAUAACACGAUAUAUAGACAUCAUUAAAAAGGAAU